AUGACAGCUGUCAAUUUUCAUAACAUAUAUUAAAGGAUUUGGAAUAUUUGUUCAAUUAGAAUGAUUAAAUGAUGAGUAUCUCAUUUAGACAAGAAAUAAAAUUUCAACAAAAUGCAAAUCAGUUCCGUAGCAUACUCGUCGUACAUUCUUUAUAAAUAUAGUUGAGAAUAAGAAUUAAAAUGUUCGUCAGAGAUCCUUGUGGUAUAACAUGUAUCCUAUUAACGUAUUUCGCCGUUUUUUAUGCCGAUUACGUUAUCAUAAGAUGGGUUAUUCUCCAAACCAUGAUAGAUAGUUUGUGGGGCACCUUCAAUGUAGUGAUGUUCAACACGGUUAUAUUUUUGUUAUCGAUAGCACAUAUCAAAGCUGUAAUGACUGACCCUGGAACGAUACCUCUUCCGCAGUCUAGAAUAGAUUUUUCUGACAUACAUUCCCCUGAUUCAGGUUGUGAGUUUGUAAAUUGGACCGUUUGUGCCAGAUGUGAGACGUACAGGCCCCCAAGGGCACACCACUGUCGAAUAUGCCAAAGGUGCAUAAGGAGGAUGGACCACCACUGUCCUUGGAUUAAUAAUUGUGUGGGAGAGAGAAAUCAAAAGUAUUUUAUACAGUUUUUAAUUUAUGUCGGAGCUUUGUCAGCAUAUGCCAUCACAUUAGUAGUGAUUUCCUGGUUGAAGGAGUGUAGUGAUUGCAUACAGGAUAUUCCACUGAAGCAAACAAGAAUAAUGCACAGCAUAAUUUUGUUGUUGGAAAGUGCCCUAUUCGGCAUGUUCGUAACCGCUAUUUUGAUCGAUCAGCUCCAAGCCAUACUCACAGACGAGACUGCUGUAGAACAUGUACAAGAACAAGGUCCCUUCAGACCGCACAAACCCAAAAUGGCACUCUUGAGUGAGGUUUGCGGCACAGAACACCCUGUCUUCUGGCUGUUGCCAUGUUCAUCGACGACUAUUAAGGAUCGGCCUCUGAUAGACUAUGAAGUGUAAUUUCUCCAGAGAUUCUCUACAUUUUUAUACUCAUUUAGAUAUCAGGCUUAUUGGCGACCUUUCUUAGGCAAUUUUGAUGGAAAAUAACGUUCCUUUUAUCAAAAAUUAUGCAUUAAACUAUCAAAAUUAAAUAUUUUGCUUGAUGUGGGAAAAAUUGAUAUUGCAACACAGCUGUUUCAGUUGAGGUAUUCUAUAGUUUUAGGCUAAAAUAAUUUUGACAUGACAGUUUCGUGCUGUUUUUUUUUUAUUUUUAAUAGUCCACACUCUAUAUUUUUUGGUGUUUAUUAUUUUUAUAAAGUGAGAGGAGCAUACAUUUAUCGAACCAGCUCUUUGAUUCAUUUAUUCAAGUUUUCCAAUGCAAUUUUUGAGUAGAACAGAUGUUAAGAAAUACCUAUGAGCUUUAAUCUACACACCACAAUUUGUCGAGAUGUACUUACAUUCAGCAUCAGAGUGUCUGAUCUCAUUGAUGAGGAUAAUCCCAACAAAAAUAUUUUGAUUCUCAUAUACAUUGUAGGGAUGUAUCCUACUUCUGCAACCAAUUGAUUGAAACUUACACUUGAGAGGGCGACAAAUUCCUUGUUUUUGUUGAAAUUGAAAACGUUUUACAAUAUUCGUUGAUCUCUACUAUAUGUUUUAUGGUAUCGAGACUGUCAUUGUUUUCUUUUUAAUUUUAAACGGUACUUAAACCAAAAAACCCGUUGUUAACGGUACAAAAAUGAAACUAAAAUACAUGCAUACUAUUGCUCGUUUUCUUUUAGAAAGUUUCUUCAUAUUUACAAUGUUGAAAUAUUUAUUGUUUAUUUUAUAUGGAUUUUUAUUUUUAUUAGUGUAAGUUUAUAUAAUUUAUUGAAUCAAUACUUGUUUGCUGAAACGUUGAUAUUUGUAUAGACUAAGCAAAUCAAAAUCUUGUGUAAAUCGCCUAAACCCCCAAUUAUGUUUUGUUAAUUACGAUAUAUUUUUUCAAAUGUUUUAUUUGUAAACUGUUUUGAAUAUAGGCAU